GAGAUAAAUUGGGAUGAUAAGGGCAAAUACCGUAGGUAGGUUGACCUGGUUGAUAUGGACGGACGGGGUCCGGCACCGCGUCUAGAGGUUCCUUGCUUGCGUUACCUAGGUAGGCAACUUUUCCAACCUCGCCGGAAAACGACACCAUGAUAACGAGCCGCUUAUUUAGUCUGGAUGCAAGUUACCAAAACGGCAAAAAAUGUGUACUUCAGUCGACUUGAUGCCAAGAGCCAGCGGGUCUCUUUUUUCCUGUAGGGCGGGAUAGCGAACCAUGUGUCGGACGAAAGCCAAGUUUGGUGUCCGACGACGGCGAUGCUGAAAUCUUGGCGAUGUCGGAAUCUUUGGUGUCGAGAGCUGCCAGCAACGGCGAGAAGCUUGCAGCUAUGAUCUGGUUAUAAAAGGGGACGUUGUUCGCCUGCUUUUUUUUUCGACAUGAUAGCUCGACAUCUCAUCACCAGGCAAGCAAAGACUCCUCAACCGAGACGAGCCAGCAGCCAGCAGCCAGCCUCCGCAAGCUGAAAACGUUGAGCAGCCAUGAAGCCUUCUGUCAUCUCCCUCUGUCUCGCAGCGGCGGCAAACGCGCUGCUUGAGACUCGCCACCCCCGCGACCUCAGCGGCGGCCAGGGCAUGAACACCGUCUCCCGCCGCACUAACAACAACAGCACGGGGAGCGGAUCGACCUGCCCAGCCCCCAAGACUGUGCGCACCAAGGCAGCCAAGGCGAACCCCUUCACGGCCCUGAGCCAGGAUGAGGUCGACAGCGUGAUGCGCUGGGUGUCGAACCCGGCGCUGGGCUUGAACCUCACCAGCCCCACGGCUGAGAACCUCGCCCAGACCGACAACUAUGUGUGGCACGUCGAGGUUCUCAAGCCCAACAAGACCGAUGUGCUGGCCUACCUCGACGGCGGCGCCUCCUCUGUGCCUCGCCACGCCCGUGUCGUCAUCAACGAGGGCGGAAGGGACGUGCCGCGUGUCGCCGAGUACUAUGUCGGACCACUGCCCGUCGACAACACCACCACCAAGAUCCAGCCCCUGGAUUUUAUGUACAAUGGUGCCAACGGCGCCAGCAUCCUGUUUAAUGGACGCUUCUACGACACCCCGCGCAGGAAGGCCGUCGAUCCGUUCGUGGCCAAGUUCAUGGCCGAGAUUGCCGACAUCACCAACGACCUCGUCGGCUUUGCCUACUACGGCGGGUCUGACAACCGCACCACGGCCGAGACCUUUUACGGCAACCCCUCGUCGACCGACGGUACCACUGGAGUGCUGUGGCUGCCCUUCCGCCGCAAGGGUCUCGCAUCGUACGACAAGCCGUCCAACCUGUACGUGAGCAUCGACAUCAGCGGCACGGACCCGAGCCUCUACAAGAUGCGCAUGAUCGUGUACGACCUGGUCAUUUACAAGUCGGUCGACGAGUUCCGCGAGGCCUGGACGGCAGGCAAGAUCAAAAAGACCCCCGCCCCGCCGGCCGACGAGAGCUUCCUGCGCAAGGACCGCAUCGGUGAGAAGCGCAAGCUCGAGGAGCGCAUGGCACCCACCAUCGUCGAGCCCGAGGGCAAGCGCUACGCGGUGGACACGGAGAACCGCUACGUCGAGUACCUGGGCUGGAGCUUCUACACGCGGUUCGACCGCGACGUGGGGGUUCAGUUCUACGACAUCCGGUUCAAGGGCGAGCGCAUCAUGUACGAGCUCUCGCUGCAGGACGCCAUCGCGCAGUACGCCGGCAACAACCCGUUCCAGGCCGGCACCGCCUACAUGGACCGCUACUACGGCAUCGGUGCGCAGGUGGGGCGCCUGAUCCCCGGCUACGACUGCCCCUACCACGCCACCUACUGGGACAGCGACUUCACCUCUGGCACCGCCGCCACCAGGACCAACAACUCGGUCUGCAUCUUCGAGACCGACAUUGGCACCCCCAUCACCCGCCACACCGACCCGGGCCUCUACAUGCAGGCGACCAAGGGCUCCAAGCUGGUGGUGCGACAGAUCGCCACCGUCGGCAACUACGACUACCUCUUCGACUACAGCUUCUGGGUCGACGGCACCAUCGGCGUCGAUGCCCACGCCUCCGGCUACGUGCAGGCCAACUACUACCGUCCCGAGGACAAGGGCAAGUGGGGACCCCGCAUCCACGACACCAUCACCGGCACGCUGCACACGCACGUCAUGAACUUCAAGGCCGACUUUGACCUGGGCGGCACCGCCAACACGCUGGUGCGCACCGACAUUGUCGUCGAGAACAUCACCCAGCCGUGGUACCCCGAGCGUGGCGAGUUCGAGAUGAUGCGCUACAACAUCUCCGACGUGGCCUCGGAGAAGCAGGCCCUGCUGCCGCUGCCCGCCAACGGCCAGUCCAUGUACACCAUCGUCAACAAGGACAAGAAGAACAAGUGGGGCGAGGACCGCGGCUACCGCAUCGUGCCGGGCCUGAGCAACAUCCACCUGGCCUCGCAGCGCUCGCCCUUCUUCCUCAAGUCCGCCCAGUUCGCCAAGCAGUUCCUGGCCGUGUCGCGCCAAAAGGACACCGAGCCCGGCUCCUCGGCCGCCCUCAACCAAAACGUGCCCGAGGCCCCCCUGGUCGAGUUCUGGCGCUUCUUCGACGACGACGAGAGCCUGGCCCAGCAGGACCUGGUCGCCUGGGUCAACCUGGGCAUGCACCACUACACCCGCUCCGAGGACAUGCCCAACACCCUCAUGUCCGAGGCCCACUCGAGCCUCACCUUUGCCCCCCAGAACUGGGGCGACGCCGAGCUGACCACCGACCUGGCCAACGCCAUCAUCUACAACGCCAAGACGGGCGUCGACCGCGUCGUCCCCGAGACCAACGGCGUCUCCGUGCCCGACUGCUUCCCUCUGUCCGCCCAGGACGAGCUCCUCGGCGUGUUUGAGAACACUGGUGUCCCCUACGCCUAUGGCAAGGAUGCUUGAGUGUGUGUCCUUUUCGGAGGAAGGGUUGUUCAUAGACGAGUGAAUAUUGGAGUAGGAAGUAGUUGGCCAGUGCGGGGAAUAGCAUCUGUUGGCUGAGGAACUUAAUGCCUCUUGAUAGUUUAAUGCCGCAUUGAAUAAUGACACUUAAUUUCCCC